AUGCAAGGAGAAGGUGGCCUAAGUCAGGACACUAUCAUAGUACAAUUUCCUGGCGACCCCAGACAAAAAGUCAUUGCCGAGCUUGAAGCCAAAUUUCCUGGUCUCAAAGUCCAUUGGCAAAAUGUGGUAUCAGGCUCAGAUUUACUUCCACAGGAGGUUUGGGACAAUGUCACCAUCCUAUGGACUUUUGACAUCCCCAAGGUGACCUCCUUGCCAAAGCUGCGUUUUGUGCAGAUGCUCUCAGCGGGAGCAGAUCACUGGGCGGAAACGCCGUUUUACAAAGAUCCCAAUGUCAUCUUUUGCACUGCCAAUGGUGCCCACCCACCUCAAAUCGCAGAAUGGGUGAUAGGGACGUGGCUAUCACACCAGCAUCAGUUUCCAAAAUAUGCUGCUCAUAUGAAGGAGGGCUACUGGGAGCCUAUGCACGAAGCGCCACUCUUUCAGGACUCCUGGAGCCUUCGAAUGGGCAUCUUGGGAUAUGGAGCGAUUGGCCGUCAGUGCGCCAAUGUUGCAAAGGCCCUGGGUAUGGAUGUGGUCGUGUUCACUGCCCGCGAGAAACCUACUCCAGAAUCGCGCAAGGAUGACAGCUAUUGCGUACCCGGUACCGGCGAUCCGGACGGUCUUAUCCCUUCCGAAUGGUUUCACGGGAGGACAAAGGAGGACAUCAACAACUUCUUGGACCAAGAUCUAGAUCUUCUGGUGAUAUGCCUACCAUUGACAGCGUCUACAAGGAACAUCAUCUCGCGACAGCAGUUCGAGAUACUGGCGAAGAAGAAGACGUUUUUGAGUAACGUUGGGCGCGGUGGUCAUGUCCAAACCGACGACUUGAUCGAGGCAUUGGAAAAAGGCAUGAUCCGCGGCGCUGCCAUGGAUGUGACAAACCCGGAACCGCUACCGGAAGACCAUCCAUUGUGGAAGGCUCCAAACCUCUUCAUCACUCCACACGUGAGUUGGAUGUCAGUCAAUCACUUCAGCCGCAUCCUACACAUUUUCGAACAUAAUCUUACGGCGCUGGGCAAAGGCGACGGAUUUGUGAACAAAGUCAAUAAGGAGUUGCAUUACUAG